AUGGAUUCAAAACGCGUAUUCUUCAGGGGCCUGCGAAGCAAACCAAAGGAAGGACAAGCUAAUGACUCGAUUGGCAAUGGCGAGCCUGCUCCAAAGGUGGAAACUCCCAAAGGAGCCGUCGCUGAUUUGAUAUCCGCAACAUCAGGGAGUACUAUGCAGCAUCUGUAUCAUCUUGAUCCACAAAAAAUAAACCCAAAAUCUGGAAAAACAUUUUGGGGUCGGGCAACAAAUGGCGGCCAUGGUUCAAAGCAGAGUGGACAUAAUGGAAUCAAAGCAAUGGACCAUCGAGUUCUCCGAAAGUCACUCAAAGUCAAGGAUCAGGUGAAAGGAAUCAUGGAAGCUUUUCAGAAGGUCAAAGAAUUGGGGACAGCUCUUGCGAGUAUUGAUCCAAUAAUUUUCGGUUCGCCUUGGACUGGUGUAUCCCUUUUACUUACUCUCGUUUUAAGUGAUUUCAAACAAAACGAAACACUUCUUGAUGGGUUGGAAACGAUAGCAGAUAUCAGAGCUCGAUACGCCGUAAUAGAGAGUAAUUAUCUGAAAACUGCCGUCACAGGAGAUCUCGGUAUACAACUUGAGUCGAGGGUCGUUAAGAUCUAUGCUUGUAUUCUCAAGUACCAAGCGAAAGCAGCAUACCACCUUUCUAAGUCUACCCCGAUUAGGUUUAUGCGCAAUUUACCCAAGUUGGAUGCUUGCCGACGAGAGAUAUUAAAAAGGAUUGAAGACGCGCAUCUAAGAAACUCUUCUUCAGAAGCAAACAUGGUUGUUUUGCGCGGCAUAGGAGGACAAGGUAAGACACAAAUCGCGCUCAAAUACUGCCAUAUAUGGAGAAGCAAAUUUGAGGCUGUGCUCUGGGUCGAUGCGAGCUCUGAGAACUCAGUUAUCCGAAGUUUUGAAACAAUCUACGCUAAGAUCAAGGGACCUGGAAAUGACUGUGGUAGUGGUGACACGAAACUAGAUUUCGUCAAAGAUACCAUCCGCACGUGGAAUUUCAGGUGGCUGAUUACUUUUGACAAUUACGUUACGCCUGAAACAUUUUCUCUUGAAAAAUACAUACCGCAUAGUAUUCAAGGAUCAGUUUUGGUGACUACAAGGCACAAGGAUAUCGACGCCCUGGUGGAAAACACCGCCGCAGCCAUUGAACUGUUUGGUCUGCCCGACAAAGAAGCUCUGCAGCUCUUAUAUCAACAGAGCGGCACAGAAGAAAAUUAA